UAGCACUAGUGUACUGGAGACGUAUAUCCAAGGAAACAAAGUGCCUUUUACAUUUCUUCUGAUGUUGAUUGUGCAGUUUAUUACGAUUGUAACGGAACGCGCCAUUUAUUUACGAAAAGCACUGAUAUACAAAAUUUUUUUUCAUUUUAUCUCGGUAUUGGGAAUUCAUAUUUGGAUGUUUUUUUUGGUGCCGUAUAUAACAUCACACAGUUUUGGUGAAACUGCCCCUGUUUUGUUUUAUUUAAUAAAAUGCCUGCAUAUGUUGCUAUCUGCAUACCAAAUAAGAUGUGGUUACCCAAAACGAAUUUUGGGUAAUGUAUUUACAAAAGGAUAUUCAUUGGCGAACUAUAUAGCUUUUAAAAUUUACAUGGAAAUACCAUUUUUGUAUAUUCUCCGAACAAUGUUAGACUGGGUAUGCAUAGAUACAACUCUUACAGUAAUGGAAUGGAUAAAAAUGGAGGACAUUUUCCAGUCGGUGUUUAUUGUACGUUGCUAUAGGCAAAUGGAUACAGACUUUCCUGUUCUACGAGGAGAACCGAAAGCUUUGUAUUCAAAACUUCUAAUUGGUGGAACAAUUAUAUUAAUUCUCAUUGCCCUGAUUUGGAGUCCACUGUUCCUAUUUGCACUUGUUGGAACAGUCGGUAAGCCUAAUAUACCACAAAAGGCGGAUAUAGCAGUAAAAAUCAAUCAUUAUGAACCAAUAUAUGUUUCACAAAGCAAUUCCGACAUUCUUCAAUUUUCAAACUCCGAUUUUCAAAAGCUAACUAACCGUAUAAUUUUGGAUAACUAUGCAUCGGAUUCUAUGAUGCUUUAUGACGCGGUUGAUGUUACUGCUAUUAAGUUUUAUGAAAACUCCAUAUCUCUAUGGAAUAUGCCGCCACCUGAUAAAGAACGUUUAUUACAUGAUUUGAGUAAUGGUGCAAAAUUGGAUAUACACCUAACUCUUACAUUAAAAUGUAAUUUGACACCAGAAGCAGUAAUCUAUGAAACUACUUAUACACUAACGGAGAACAAAGUACAUACAAGGGAUAAGCUCAUAAGACUCAUGACUGCCAAUUUUUCCAAUGAGAAAGUUAUUGUACCGAAUAUUUUACCAAAGUUUAUCACUGUUCAAAGACAACAAGCUAAUGCAAAAUUUAUUAAGGACUACGAUGGUCGGCAACAUAUAAGGCUAGAUGGUUGAGAAGCCUACUCUCUUAUACUUUGAUUCAAAACUUUACCACGCUCACACUUU